AUGUAAUUAUAAGCCAAAAUAACACCAAGAACAGAUUGCUAUGUUAGUCUUCCAAGAAUUUUUUAAUAAUUCACAACUCAAUCCUUCUCUUAAGGAAAUCUAUGUUAAGUCAUAAAAGCGUAAUUAUUUCUUACCUAUUUAAGUGAAUUAAUGAAAACCCAAUCAAUUGUUUAUUUUGGUUGUCAAGGUAUUUCAGAAGAUAAUCACAUUGAAAUUGGUUUUCAAUUUGCUUAACUUUUAAAUAUUGAAGAUGAUGAUUAUUUACAAAUAACAACAAGUAAUUAUCUUUUAAGAAUAAAUUUUAGUCUCAAAUUGCAAUCAAUCUAAUGCCUUAACAAUUUAUGUUUAAAAAUGGUCAGAUUACAUGAUAGUUCAACAUUAAAAGGAUUAAUUUGAAUUAAGUCUCCUAAACAAUAUAUAAAUUGUUUAUAAUGAAUUACUUUUUCCAAUAUUUUAUUAAGAAGGACAAUUUGUUACUUUUACAUUUAAAGCUAAAGAAUACAAUGGUCCUAUAGCUAUAAGUCCUAAUUGUGAACUUAACAUUCUAAUUGAAGAAUCAUAAAAACCAGAACAAAAAUUAGAUUUAAUUGAAUUAAUAGUAUUACUUUCUGAUUAAGAUAAUUUUGAAUCUUUUAUUGAAAUAAAUACUGAACUUUAUCAUAAUAAUAGAUUAGAAAAAUUAUAUUAGAUAACAUAUUCAUCAUCUUUUCCUAAAUCAUAUAGAAAUUUUCCUAAAUAUGCCAAAAAUUAAAAAAAAAACAAAUAAAAAUAAAAUAUUCCUAAAACUGCAAUUGUUUAGUUUAAGUAGAAUAACUAAAUAAAUACUAAAUAUUGUUUUAUUUCUAAAUUUUAUGCCAAAUAUUUAGGAAUAAGAGAAGGAUAAGUUAUUUUAAUUAAUACAUAAGAACAUGAUAUUAAUAAGGAAGCAACAGUUAGAACUAUUAAAAGAAAUUAACUUAUCUUUUAAAAAAUUUAUUUCAAUUUCUAUACAGAUUUACCUUUAAAUAAAGAAACUUAAAUCAAAUUAAUAUUAGAAAAGAUAGAAAGAAAUUAGUAAACUGUUUUAUAAAGUAAUUAUUAAUUAAAAUAUAAGGCAGAGUUCAUUUGUAUUAAGAUCACCUCUAUUUUUUGAGAAUUUUUUAGUUAAUUGGUAAUCAACCUGAGCAUUUCUUAUAAACUUUAUCAAUUAUAAAUGAACACAAUGAACCUAAGGUAAUUGGAGAGAGAGAAAAAGGAUUGCUAAUUAAAUACUUAGAUGAACAUAUAAGAAUACAUGGAUUUACAAGUCCUAUUUAAAAAGAAAUUAAAUUUACCUAAUAUUCAGGUAUGAGAAAAAAAAAAGUUUAAAAAUAAGAUUACAAAUUAUUUUUAUAAUUAUUUGAUGGUUCAAUCAAAUAAAUACAAACUAUUUUAGAAUAAUAAUCUAAUUCUUAAGGUUUGAUAAUUUGUAAAGAGAGUUAGGCUAUUUAAGUUUUAGUUUCUUAUUUAUAAACUAAAUUUGAUGUAAUAAAAUUAAAUUUAGAUAAAUUAAAUCAGCAUGGGUAAAAUGAAAAACUUUAAAAUGGUAAUAUUAUAAUUUAUAAAUAGUUAAAAAAUUUAUUAAACAUAUUUUUUGGUAAUCAAGAUAAGUUUCACUUAAUGAUAUACUUAUAAUUAUAAAAGGUGUAGAAUCUAUUAAAAGUAUUGAAUUGAUUGAUUUUUAAUAAUCAUUUUAAAUAUUAAUUUCAAAUGUAAAAUUAUUGUAAUUAAUUUAGAUUUUAAGUAAAACAAUUAGAAAUUAAGUUAUGGAAUAUCCAUUAGUAAAAUUACUAAUAAUUUCCCCAUCUAAAGAUUAUUUAAAUGAAAUACUCUAAAGUAUUAUUUAUAUAAAUUUUAGAAAAUUUUUCAAAGGAAUAAAUUAUCUAAUUUAAUAAACCAAAAUUAGAACUUCGUUAAAGAAUUUUUGAAAAAUGUUAUUAAUCUUAAGAGAUUAAUAGAUUGGCUGAAUAAUUGGCAUAAAAAUCAGAAAACUUUAAUUAUACAUAAUUUAAUGCUUUAUAAAAUAGAGAAAAAUAUUAAGAAGAAUUAAAUUAAUAAAUAACAGAAGAAUGGAUAUUAUAAUAAAUAAAUGAUUUAUAGGAUUAAUAAGUAUAGUUAAAUAAGAAAAUACCAACUUUUAAAGAAAUAGGAGGUCUUAAAGAAUAGAAGUAAAUAAUUUUAGAUUUAUUUGAUUUACCAAUGAAAUAUGAACAUUUGUUUGCAAAAUCUAAAAUAAAGCUUCCAAAAAGUGUUUUAAUAUAUGGGAUGCCAGGUUGUGGAAAGACUUAUUUUAGUUUGAGUAUUUGUAAUGAAUUAAAUAUAAAUGUAUUAACAAUAAAAGGUCCUGAAUUACUAGAUAAAUAUAUAGGUAAUAUUUAAUAAAUAAAUAAAGGUUCAUCUGAAUAGAAUGUUAGAGAUCUAUUUUAAAAGGCUUAAUAAUUAUCUCCAUGCAUAAUAUUUUUAGAUGAGAUAGAUUCUGUAGUACCAGUAAGAACAUCUUCUCAUUCAGGAGUGACAGAUAGAGUAGUCAAUUAAUUUUUGUGUUAUUUAGAUGGAGUUGAAGAAGGGAUGAAGGGAGUAUAUAUAGUAGCUGCUUCAAGUAGACCUGAUUUAAUAGAUCCUGCUAUUUUAAGACCAGGAAGAAUAGACAAACAUGUUAGAAUAAAUUUACCUAAUAAAGAUGAAAUUAUUGAAAUCUUGAAAAUUUACAAAGGACCAUUAGAAUUUGAUGGAAUUUCAGAAUUAGAAAUAGCUGAUUCAUUGUUUGGGUUAUCAUAAGCUGAUGUUGUUUCAUUCUUCAAAGAAGCCAGAAUUUAUUUAACUGAUAGAAUUGUUUAAUUAGAAGAUUUUAGUCUUAAAAAAAAAGUUUAAAAGAUUUAAGAUUUUAAAUUAACUAAAGAAUUGUUUUAAGAAAUUAUGAAAAGUUUGAAACCAAGUUUAAGCUAAAAAUAAAUACUCUUUUAUCAAGAUGUUUAUAAUAGAUUUGAAAAAGGAGGUAUUAAAGAUAUGAAAAAUCAAAAACAAGCUUUGUAGUGA